AUGCCUAACAUUGCACGCAAGGUUGAGGCAUAUUUCGACAGUGCCCUGAAGCUGUUGGAGGUUACUGAUGAACUGGUCCUGCAACGGUUGAACUCCCCCGACCCCCUCAAAGAAGGUGUGAACAACACACCUCUUCACUGUCAUCAAGAAGCAGCAACACAGAGGGACUAUGUGUGUGUGGUGACAUCUCUGCUGGCUAUGCUAAUGAGGACAGAUGAAGAAACGGACUACUCGAUUCCAUUGCUGGAGGACCUCAUGGAUGCAAUCACGGAGCUGGAGGAUGCAUUGAUGGAGACAGCAGAUGUGUAG